GCGUGGAAGCCAGUGGCAGGUGGGCUGGCGUCCUCGUGCGUUCUCGAGUAUUUCCUCUCGGUCGUAACUUCGACAGGCUUUGGAGGGCACAAAAUCAGGAUAAACAUUGGGCGUAAAGGGAAGGAGAAAAGACAAGAGAUUUAAGGGAGUCUCGAGGUUCGCGCAAGUCGGAAAUGCCGAGUGGUUCCGCGGCCCCCGCGCUCUUCGUCGGGGCUCUCGCGGCGGAGGUGGCAGUGGAGCAGCGAGCAUAAGUGGAUCCGCAGUGGCAGUGCAGUGAGCGCGGAGCAUCGUCGUUGGUGGCCGCAAAAAUAAAACUGAGAAGUUGGCUCUCCGCUCGAUCGUUUCGACAGGGAAGCCAGGCGUCGUCAGAUUCUAACGUUAGUUAAAUAAACGCUCAUGUGCGAGGCCUCCUCCCAGGGGAAGAGGUUCCUCGUCUUGCCGCGCCCCCGAGGAGGCUCCCGGCCGAGAAUGAGGCUCGACAAGCCCCGCGGAUUCCUCACGCGAGCGGAACACUCCGCACGAGCUUCGGCCCCGCGCCUCCGCAAGCUCGACGCUUAGGAAGCUUCCCCAAAGAAGAUUACGAGCUCCGCGUCAACUCGGCGACGACUUGGAACAAUCGAAAGGAAACCGGAGACGCUCCUCAACCCCGCGGCCGAAACUCCCCAUGACGGCGGACAACAGCUGAACGCGGGAACGCUGCAAUCGGACUGGCCGAGCCGCCGACCAUGGAGCCGGACUACAUCAUCGCCGCGGCGAUUAUACUCGCGGUUGCGAACGUCUGUAACGCCGAAUGCCAGACCCGCUCAGUCUACUGCUACGAGUGCGACUCGUGGACCGAUCUAAGAUGCAAGGAUCCCUUCAAUUACACUGCUCUGCCCAGGGACCAGCCACCUCUCAUGACCUGCAACGGAUGCUGCGUUAAAAUGGUCCGGAAUGCCAAGUCACGUUUCGAGAGCGUGCGUCGAACGUGCACGUCACAACUACAGAUAAACUUAUUCAUGGUGGACCACGUGUGCAUGAUGGAAAGUACCGGCACUGGUCACAUGUGCUUCUGUGAGGAAGAUAUGUGCAAUCGAGUAUCCCGAUCCUCGUGUUCCGCCACAGUUCUGUUCCUACUUUUAUCAACAAUCCUCUUUCUAUCGCCUCUGUCAUCCUGAGGAGUCGCACACUCUCCCGGCUUGCUUAGUAGGUUGUGAAAUUCACUAGCUGCGGGGGUUGAAUAACAUUGCCGUAAUGAGACAAUAGUCCGCGACUCUUUCUCCAAACCACUCGCUGUUAAGCUGUAUUUUUAAACGAUAUUCACUGAAUGUCUCGUAGCAGUGCACCGAUCAAAAGUCCACGAACGAAGGAGACUUUCAUUUGUGGAUGGGGCUUUAUGGGGGGGGGUGGGGGCACGAGUUAAUGUGAUCGCUGGGUAACCCACACACGUAGAUAGAGUUCAAUUUAUUAGAUGGGAGUUGACACGAGCGUAGAAUCGAGUCGGAAGGAGGUUGUGACGACUUUUUUUGUUCUGGGGGAGGCACCGAGGGAGGGGACUGAGCGAGGGGGAAUUGGGACCCUGAGGGAUCAGCGAGACCCUGGAGGAGGUCCCAGAGACGGUCCCGAUUGGGGGGUAAAUCGUGAGAAAGUAAAAAAAGGUGGUAUUUGGGACUUGGAACGUGAGUGGGCAGGUAGGGCCCAAAUGGGACUUUUCUUCUCACUGGGUUAGAACGGGGACUCUGGUCAAGGGUCAGUUUUAGAGAAAAAAGACAUGAAAAAGUUGAAAAAUAGUCCCAUCUGGGACUUGAGACUCCGGUGAACGAUUGAGGCCCAAAAAGGGCCCUAGAAAAGUAAGAAAAGUCCCGUUUGGGAGUUGAGACUUGACGGAUCAAGCGAGGGCUUUUUUCAGGACUCCUUCGAAAAAAAAUAGAUUUUUUGGGACUUGAUUUCUACCAAUUCGUCCACCAAAGUCCCAAGUCCCUCUCGGGACUGUUUUCUCCUCCUUUCGGACUCGCUGACCCGUAUGUCGAUCUCCGUGCACGUGAUUUUCUUUAUUCCUCGACGGUUUGUGGUUGUGCGCACCGUGGCAAUGUCCCCAGAGUCCCCGAAUGAAUUUCCCGGUAGCGAAUGUCUGAGUGUUAGCAGCUUCAUUUUUACAAAUUUUUCAUCAACCGUCCGCACCCGAGGAUUUUUAUUAGUGAGCAAGAUGAGAGCGUGCAUGCCCCGGUGCAUGUUUCAAGCACCCAGCAACAGCGAAGCGCCGAAAUCCCCAAUUUUUCACCUAUCGACGAUCUUUUUUGCGAGAACGUUGGCACGAAUCUGCAUGAAAACUCGAUCGCUCUUCUAAACACUGUUCUACAUGGUGCUCUGUCUCUUUAUUAAACUUCCAGACUCGGCCGUUCAGCCACCGAGCAAACCCGUCAAAAAGAGCAAGAACAACCUUCAAAAACCUUCAAUUGUUCUCAGUUUUCAGAAAACUAAAAAAAAAAAAUUAAAAAAAUUUAAAAAAAAUUGUCCUUUGCAGCGUUUUUAACCGAAGGAGCUGCUCGUUGGCUGGGCGACCAUCGAACCCCACCUUCCAUCCCAAAAACAGGCAAUCGAAUCGCAAUAAAGCAACCAACUAAAAAAAAAAGCACUGCGUGAGCCUUCAGUUCGAUCCUCGUAGGUUUUGGGACCGAUCGAGAGGCCCCCCCUGGAGUCCUGGAUCACCGGCCUCGAGAUCGAGCUGAACGCUCGUGUCCUCACAGAAAGGCUUUUCUAAUCCAAAGCCUUUUGCCAAACCAACUUCGCGCUUGAGCGUUAUCUGCUGAUGAAAUAUUAUGGCACGAGGUUCCUUUGGCAAGCCAUGCGGCAUGUGUCGCGUCAUUUGUUCAUUUUCGCACUCGAGACUGCGAGGCCAAUUUCAUCGGGUCUCAUAUACUACGAAAUUUGCUUUUUUCUUAUUAACUCCAUCAAAUUUCACUCUACUCACCUCUGUGACUACUCGAUCGACCUUUUUUGCUCUAACAUCGAAUUGAGCUUUGUUUCCUCAUCAAAUUUUUUUUUUUUAAUUGUUUAAAAAAAUUUUGUUUCUUUUUCCAUCUCAAUAUAAAACAUCCGAUCGAUUGACCUCGCAGCCAGAAUGACAAUCCACGUGCCAUGUGAGGUUUAAUACUACAAUUUGAAAAAAAAAAAAAAAAAAAAAAAAAACUACAAAAAAAAACGAAACAAAACGAAAAAAAAUGUUGACGGUAACGAGAAACAUCGUCGUGACAUCUCCUUGGGUGUUGGCAGCCGAGCAAGAAAGCUUUUUAUAUUAUUAUUAUCAUCAUUAUUAUUAUUGUUGUUAUUAUUAUUAUUAUUGUCCAUUAUUGGCAUUAUUAUUAUGACAUACAUUCUAUAUAUAUAUCUUGAUGAACGAUUAAUUGAUCGUUUUACGUAAGCAUUAUUACGUAAGUGCAAAUGUUUUUUACCUUUAGAAAAAUCUCAAUGUAUAAUGGAAAAUGUGUGUGUUGCACCCACCAUAAUGAGUGUCUCGCGCAGCAUCCAAAUUGUAAAAUUGUUGGAAGAUCGAUGAAAACAAAGGGAGAGGAUGAAAGAAAAAACAAAAAAAAGUCUGUUAUAAUCGGUGACGAGGUCAUGACACAUGCUGGGCUUCGGAGGGAGCAUGCUUGGGACUAAUGAAAAAAAAUCUCGUCGCGUAAAUUUUUUCCCAUUGUAAACUUUCUUCUUAGCUGAUAAUCGAGCUACAAUAACGUUAUUAUCAUUAUAAUUAUUAUUGUCGUUAUAAUAUCACAUUAUAUUUUUAAUAUUACAAUAUCAUUGUGUUGUUAUGUUAUAUUUAUGAUAUUGCAUUCAAUUAUAAUUGAAUGAAAAUAUUAAUAAUUAUCAUCAUUAUAAUAUUACGUUAUAUUUAAUAUUACAACGUUACUAUGUUAUAUUUACUAUGUAAUAAUAUUUUUUUUAUAAUGUAAUAUUAUAAUAUAAUUUGAAAAUAUUAAUAAUUAUUAUCAUUAUAAUAUUACGUUAUAUUCAAAAUUAUAAUGUUAUAAUGUUAUAUUUAUAACGUAAUGUUAUAUUAUAAUGUGAUAUUAUAAUAUAAUACGAGAAUAUAAAUAAUUAUAAUCAUUAUGUCAGAGUUACAAAAUCGUAGAAAUGUGAUGAAAAACUGAGAUAAAUUGUAUGCAAUUGUUGAGGAGUCGUUGAAGAAAUUUUAUCUUUCGCAGAGAGUUUAUUCUCAGAGCGGCAAAAUCGUGGGGCAUCGUGGAUUUUUUCGUAAUUGUGCUCCCCCAGGAUCACUCUUACGACGAAGACCCUCGGUCCUCCGGAUUUUUCAACGCCCUGACGAACAUCCUCUCGCUACUGAGAUCGCGUUCUGUUAUAUCAGCCAUUAGAGCAAGACGAAUGAAACGACGCUCACCUCGCUUGUAACAGUGCUCACUCGAACGUCGAUCUCACACGUUACGUACAUGUGUACCCGGGGGAAAAAGAGGAGGAAACGAAAUAUCGUUAACGCACGGUGAUGAGACGAAUAUUGAAAUGGAAAAAAAAAAAAAAAAAAAAAAAAAAAAAAAAUGAUUUGAAAAUGUACGAAUCGCCGAUUUGAUCGACGGAAUUAUUUCUCUAGUGCGGAAUAUCAUUAGUUUUAAGAUCGAAUAGAUUUUUUAAGUGUUUUAAUUAUUCUUUGAGUUUAUUCGGAUUUUUUUUUUUUUUUUUUUUUUUUUAUGUCUCCUUGUUAUCAUGGGUUCUUAGAAUAAUGGAAAUUGUAAGAGUGGACGAGAUACUUUUGCUCACUCGCCCUGUUGUCGAUACUACGCUAUGCUGCAAGCAGCGAAACUCAUGUCAUAUCAUCGAUCGUAUUAAAGUUUAUGUCUCGAGGGAAUAAGACGAGUGGAGAAACUGA